AUGACAGAAAGUCAGCCGAUUCCUUCCCGUCCUUUUCCAAGUCAAAGUGAAAAGUACAUCCCCUCUCCCUUUUUCGCCGUUUCGGCCGACGGGUGGUGGUUCAAAGCCUCCUCUGGGGACUUGACGCCGUCGUCGUUACGCAUGCUCCCCAUUAUCGGCCGUUUUCGCCCUCUGGUUGGAGCUUUUAAGACCAUUCCACUUCCCGGCUUAGGGCGGUGGUCUUCUCCACAGGGAGGAACCAUGCUCCUCAACCGUCUAAUGAGAUUAUUUCCUCCUAAUUUCUGUUCAAGACAAUUACCCUAA